AAGUGUGGUUUGUCGGCAUCCGUAGUGACGGAAGAAACAUGGCUGCUCACACGAGUAGGACGAUGCUGCUGUCCUUAAGUCGAUUAAACGUCGUCGGCGUUGGACUACCGAAUUUGUCGAGCAGACUGACAUACGCCACGGCAUUGUCGACAAACUCGGCUGGAAAUAAAACUCUUCGUGAGCGAGGCGGGAGAGGAACUUUCACCAAAAGGCCCAGAAGAGAUGCAGGACCACCAAGGACGGACAAGAUGGCAGAGGACCAGGACUGGACGGCUGUCUACCCGGCAGCGGCCCCCUUCAGAGCUGGUACUGUGCCCCUCCCUGUGAGGAUGGGCUACCCUGUAAAAGGAGGGGUCCCUCCAGAGAAGAAGGGCAACCUGGAACUGAUCAAGAUUCCCAACUUUCUCCACUUGACGCCAGUAGCCAUCAGGAAACACUGUGAAGCUCUCAAACCGUUUUGCAGCGCGUGGCCAGCCGCGUUGGACACAGACGCCAAGUGCGAGCGGCACUUCCCCAUCCGGGUGGAGAGCCGCGACUACGUGUCGGCUGGCCUGUCCUUACGAAACCCCGCCGCUCGCGUUAUUCAUCUACGUGUGAAGCUGUCCAGUUUGAACCUGGAUGACCACGCCCGGAAGAAAAUGCUCAAAUUGGUCGGGGAGAGGUACUGCAAAGACACGGACGUCCUCACAAUCACUACCGACAGCUGUCCACUGAGACAACAGAAUUACGACUACGCAAUGUAUCUGCUGACCGUCCUUUACCACGAAUCUUGGAAAAGCGAGGCGUGGGAGGCCGAGAAGACGGUAGCAGACAUGGAGGAGUAUUUGUGGGAGGGCAGCCCGUCCGAGAAAAACAUCUUGGACACGCUGUUGCGCGAGGCAGACGGCGGCGAGGAAGAACGCCGGCGUCUGCUGGGAAGAAGCGAAGUGCAAGAGUACAAGCGCUCGGUCAGCAAACUGAAGAACCAGGGGGACAGCGAGAGCACCGUGUUGCAGUACAAAGAGGCCGUCAAGAGAGUGCUCAAAGUCUGACGCAUCGAGGAAAUCGAUGAGUGUAUCGCUCUACAACUUUGCAACAUUGUAAAUACAGUCUGGUGUACUCAUGUACUUUUUCUUUGU